AUGGAUUUCCUGUUAACUUUUCAUUUAACGCAAAUUAACGCCAUUCUUCGGUUGAUAUUGGGACUGCUGCUAUCUGGUGCAGUUUGGCAUCUUAUCAGUGUGUACUGGCGUUUGAGACACAUCCCUGGCCCAUUUUUAGCGAAAUAUACCAACUUGCUACGAAUAUACUGGGUUAAGACUGAGCGUGCUCAUGAAAUUCAUGAAGCACUUCACGAUCAGUAUGGUGACGUGGUACAAUUCGGUCCGAACAUGGUCUCUUUAGCUGAUCCAGCUUGGAUUCCCACAGUCUAUCCCAUUCGACCUGGAUUCCCCAAGAGUAAUUUCUAUCGAACCCUCAUGCCUUACACGAGGAAAGGUGGUGCCAUGCCAGCAGUGUUCAACACCCGUGAUGAAGAAUUGCAUAAAAGAAUCAAGACACCUAUUGCACCACUUUUUUCGAUUUCAAAUACUCUACCGCUCGAGUCAUUUGUCAACAAGACUAUUCACGUAAUGACUGAGCAGCUGGACAACAGAUUCGUUGACUCCCAGACUACCUUCGAUCUGGCGGAUUGGUUGCAAUAUUUUGCGUUCGACGUGAUGGGUACACUGACUUUUUCCAAGCGUUAUGGCUUCUUGGAGCAGGGAAGAGAUGUUGACAACAUGCUAAGCACGAUUUGGACCUAUAUGAAGACAGCAGCUCCGAUGACGCAAAUUCCUUGGUUUGAUGAUCUCUGGUAUAAAAAUUCCUUCACAGCUAGGUUUCGCAAGACCACAGGAUUUUCAAUCCUAGGAAUCGUAUCAAAGUAUAUUGUCGAACGAACAGAAGCACAAAAAACUGGUGAAAGAACUGAUGAUGGCUUGGGUGACCGUGAUAUGCUUUCCCAGUUCUUCGACCUCACAGCUAAUAACGCCUCGUUACCUCCAUGGUGUGUCACGGCGUGGACCUUUUCUAAUGUGAUCGCUGGCUCAGACUCUACAGCCGUCGUGAUGAGGACCGUCUGGUUCAAUCUUCUUGCUAACCCCGAAACCAUGCAUCGCCUUCUAGACGAAUUAUUGAAAGCUGAAAGAGACAACGGUAUGGCCAAACCGUAUCCAUCCUGGAAGGAUGUCUGCGAUUUGCCUUACCUUGAUGCCUGCAUUCUUGAAGCUGUCCGCUUACACCCUCCUUUCUGUCUCCCCUUUGAACGAGUGGUUCCUGAAGGAGGCAUCAUGAUCGGGAAAACCUUCUUUCCCCAGGAUACUGUAGUAGGCAUGAGCCCCUAUGUGGUCAACCGACACAAACCAACUUUUGGCAACGAUGCCAAUUGUUGGAAUCCUGAUCGGUGGCUCGUAGCGAAGGAUUUGAAGCAGAAACGCGAAGCUGCUAUCAUGACGUUUGGGGCCGGAAGGCGCGUUUGUCUUGGCCGGCACAUUGCCAUGCUGGAGCUGAAAAAAAUUGUACCGGCUUUACUUUUGCGAUACAAGUUCGAUCUCGUAGACGUAAAGAGAUAUAAAAUGGAAAAUUCAUGGUUUUUCCGACAGUACGGAAUAGAUGUGAGAAUAAAACAGCGAUUGUGA